AUGACCCCCUUCCCCCGCGCCUGGCCGGGGCGAGCCGGGCCCCGAGCCGGACCCCACGGGCAGGAGACGAGGCGGGGCCGACAACGAGCGCUGCCCCCCGCGGUGGGUCCCGGCUCAGAGCAGGCGGGGCCAAGGGGGCGGAACCAAGGAGCCGGAACCUGCGGGGCCGGGGACGGGAAUGGGAGCCGGACACGGAGCGCCCCUCUCCCCAGGAGGCACCAACCGCUUCCCCCAGCGUGUGAGCGAGUGACUCCAGCCCCCAGGGAGACGCCCGUAAAGCCGGAGUCUGGUGAGAGAUUUGUAACGCGCCCCAGCGUCACCCCAGCCCCACGCUCACAGAGUCCAGAUCUCUCAGAUUUAGCCACCAUAGGUACCAGCCGCUUGGGUCCCAUCAUGGCGUUUCCUGAGCCGAAGCCCAAGAAGCCAGAGCUGCCAAAGAAGCUGGUGCAGACUCUGGAGUGCAAACAGGGAGCGGUCAGGGCAGUGAGGUUUAAUGUGGAUGGAAAUUACUGUCUCACCUGCGGAAGCGACAAGUCCCUGAAGCUGUGGAACCCCCACAAGGGGACCCUCCUGAAGACCUACAGUGGCCACGGCUACGAAGUGUUGGACGCGGCUGGCUCCUUUGAUAACAGCCAGCUCUGCUCCUGUGGGGCCGACAAAACGGUCGUCCUGUGGGACGUAGCCAGUGGGCAGGUGAUCCGCAAGUUCAGAGGUCACGCGGGGAAGGUGAACUGCGUGCAGUUCAACGAGGAGGCCACCGUGAUCCUGUCGGGCUCAAUCGAUUCCAGCGUCCGCUGUUGGGACUGCCGCUCACGCAGACCCGACCCCAUCCAGAUCCUGGACGAAGCCAAGGACGGGGUGUCCAGCCUGAAAGUGUCGGAUUACGAGAUCCUCUCUGGCUCUGUGGACGGCCGCGUCCGGCGCUACGACCUGCGCGCAGGGGAGCUGUACUCGGAUUACGUUGGAAGUAAGGCACCUGCCCCACUGAAAUCCAGGGCCGCUGGUCCCUCACGAGGGGCUGCUCAGCGCGCUAGGGCCCUGCACACAAGGAAAGGUGGUGUCGGGCCAGCCUGGGGCACUGGCUGGUGGGGUGAUCCAGGUGGGGUGCAGCAUGAGGGGUUCCCCGUUCCCCCCGUGCAGACCCCAUCUGGUCUGUUCCGCUCUAGAUACACUGGCCACAAGAACACGGCCUACAAGCUGGACUGCUGCCUGAGCGAGAAGGACACGCACGUGGCCAGCUGCUCGGAGGAUGGGCACGUGUAUUUCUGGGACCUGGUUGAGGGCUCCCUGACGCUGAGCCUGCCCGUGGGCAGAGGCGUGGUCCAGUCCCUGUCCUUCCACCCCAGCGAGCCCGGCCUGCUCACGGCCACCGAGGGGCGCGUGCAGUUCUGGAGGGAGGAGCCCCACACCGCCGAGGAGCAGCCGCCCGCCUGUUGAGCAGGAGCAUCAGGCGUCCCUCCAGCCAAUCACACACGGACUCAGUCUUGGGGCAGCCGCUUUAUUGAGCCCCGUCUCGGAGUGGGGGCGGCCGGGACUCUAGGGGGGGGCGGCAGCAGCAGUGAGCCCCAGAGCAUGGUGGGGGGGGCCGACCUCUUGCCCUCCACAGCAGCUCAGAGCCCAGCCAUGCAGGAGUCGUGGGCCUGCCCAGCAACCCUCUACCAACCAGUGACCCUACAGCCCCCCACUAUCACCCCACACUCCAUGGGGCAUCUGGACACAGCCACAACUGGGUCGGGGGGCCUGGGGAGACUUCAGAAGACAUUAAUGGGGGGAUCCCCCCAAGGCCUCUGGGGCUUUGGUUUUUUUUAAUCUUCCCCAAAAUCUAGCCCCCCGUGCCAGGCGUCCGUUCCAUCGGUCAAGUACGCCACAGUCACCCUGCCCCCGACAGGUCCAGUGAGGGCACAACCAGCGCCCCGCGUGGAAACUGACACCUGGGCACCAGCUCCAGCCAGGAGCUAAACUCUCUCCGUUUUCCCUGCUGCAGAACGGCAGGGGCGGGCGAGCGCCAGAGCUCAGCGCUGCCGGGCGGUUCUCUCCCCCCUGCAAAAGGGGGUGUUCCUAGCACAGGUUAGAACGGACGUGCCCCGGCUCUCCCCAGGGGGGCACAGCUCCUGUCCCCCAGGCUGCCCUCACGCCAGGGCUCUGUUAGCUUGCGCUAGGGGCGUUCUCCCCUCGGGGUCACUGGAGACGGAACACGCAGCAGCGAGGGUUUAGUGCCGCUCAGCCGCUGACGUUAGAGGGGAGCCGCGAAAGCCGGCUGGCUGGCUCUUCGCUGCUGCUAACAGGUGUCCUGACCGCGUGGGAUGGGAGCACAGUUGCUCUUUCCCAAAAGCUGAAUAAUAAAAUCAUGUUUAACAUG